CAAUUCAUUCACUUCGCUUGCAUUUAUCGUAUAUUGCAUUAUUUGCUUGUAAGCAGGUAUUAGACUAAAUCAAACUAUUUACGAUAUGUGUAAUUGUAAUAUAUUUUAUUGUAAAGAAGUAUGAUGCAGUCGACGACAGAGGAUUGCUUAAAUAUCGCCGAGUUGGCCAACCAGCUGACUCGAGAGAAGAUAUUUAUAAGUUCAGAAAGGCAGUUGCUGCAAAACCUUAACGAGGAAGUGGAGAAGAGUGCCUUAGAAUUGCUACAGGCUGCCUGGAUAUGCUCUCAACAACGACAGAAUCUCACGGACCUCAUAAACUCUCGGUGCGAGGCUGACUCGAUCGCGGCCUGCCAGAGAGCCAGCUCCCUCGAAGGCACCACCUUCGUAGACGUAUACAAAGUACUAAAAUACAAGGAAGCCUUAGCCCUUGGCGAACUGCUAGGAUGGCUACGCGACUCCCCCCACCUCGUCUCCCUCUGCCUUCUCCUGGGGGAAGAACACAUGCCCCCCACUCUACCGUGCGCGCUAGUGGCCGGGCUGUACGGCAGCUGCCGUAUCCCGGCCGACCGGACGCGGCUGCUGGCAGUGAUACGGUCGCUGCUCAAACACCAGCUGGCCACGUCUAGCGAUCCUAGGAAAUUGUUCCGCUCCGGCAAAUGCGCGCUGUCGUCGUUAUACGGCGUGUUCCGCGACGGGCACGCGCCGGCGCGACAGUUCCUGGUGGCGGCGCUCAACGCGCCCGUCAUGGCGGCGCUGCACGAGGACGAGUUCUUCCUGGACAUCCACCCCGACCGCGCCAUGGAGCGAUUCUCUCCCCAAGACCGCGUAAAGAAGUUCGGCCAGUCCAACACAGCGGAAUACAACGCCAAAGUGGCGCGCUAUCGCAAAUGGAUCGUGCAGCGUCUGUUCCAACUGACCAGCAAAUUCAUUACGUCGCUGCGCGAACAUUGGGCCAACUUCCCUGCGUCUAUAGCGUGGCUGAUACAGCAGAGCGUGCAUCUCAUCAAACAACACUCGCGAAUACCAGAAAGCGAGCUGCACGGCCUAUGCACGGACCUCGUGCUGAACCACUUCAUCUGCCCCGCGAUCCUGAACCCCGAGGCGCACGGUGUGGUCGAUGCUCCCGUGUCGUACAUAGCGCGCACUAAUCUCAUGCAGAUCGCGCAGAUUCUGCAAGUGCUGUGCCUCAGCAAGCACACCGAGGUGGACUCUAAACUCACGGACCUGUACUCGUUGUUCCCCCGCUCGUGCGUGUGGUCGCUGGUGGACGGGGUGUGCGGGGACGCGCUGGCGCCCCGCGCGCCCGCGCCCCCCGCCGACGCGGCGGCGCCCCGCACCGACGCCCCGUGUGCGCCCGCCACCGCGCUCUACGCGCAGCAGGACUUGCAUCACCUAAUAACAUUCCUGAAGAGGAUCUCCUCAAAGCUGAACAACAAUACGCCGAGCGUGACGUCAGAGGAAAUGUCCAGCGGCUCGGGGCCCACCGACGCUGCUGCUUAUAGUGAAUCCGGCAGCGACACGUCCACCUCAGACGCGUGCGCAUCCAGCCUAGCCGCCCUCCUGCAGACCAUGGAGCCCAACUACCGCAGCAGGCUGCACGACCUGCUCAGGAAGAUGCCUGACUUGAGCAAGCCGAGACAAUCUCCGCCUCAACCCGCAGACGCGGCAGAUACGCAAAAGAAGAGUAUUCUAGCGAAAGUGCCUAAACCCCGGCUGCCUCGCAGCGGUAGCUCGAACACAUCACUCGCGACUGAAACGUCCGAACCCGAGCUCGAGGUGUAUGUCAUACAGAUGGCUCGGCAGGAUGAGAGCGACUACGUCGGUCUGGUGCCCGAGUCGAAGGUGCUGGAGUGCUACUGCGGGGGCUCGGAGGGCGACGCGGAGGACGCGGGCUCCGCGCUGGCGGCCGCGCCCGGCGCCCCCGUGCAGAAGCGGACGAGAUUCUCAGUGUCCCACGACGAGGUGUCGUUAGGCAACACGUCGGACAACUUGGAAGCAGUGUCGGAGGCCGCCUCCAACCACAGCGUGACCUCCAGCUUGGAAUUAGAGACAGAAGACCAGAACGAUAACCUGUCCGAUAUGGUAUCGGCCAACGUGAGCGGCCGCGGCAGUCCCAACAUCUCUGGUCGGGAGACGCCAUCUUCCCAAGUCACAGACGGGGACGCGGCGGGCGACCCGGCUAGACGGUUGCCGCAAAACGUGCCCGUGAGCCAGGCGAACAGCGCGCAGGCCAAGCUGCUCAAGCAGACCAGGAACGAUAUUGAAGACAAGUUCUGCAAGUUCGAGAUUAAGAAACUGCUGGAAGGCGACGAAACUGUCAGCAUUAUGUCGGACACGUGGAGCACGGACGUGCUGGCUUCCGACUCGGAGACCAUCGGCGACUCCUGCGACCACACGCUGGUCGCCGUCAAUCAGAACGUAGUGGCGAACACAAAUGCUCCGGAUGUGUCCGAAACGGCGAGCGAAUCCGCGUGGUCUAUGGACGUUCUCGCGUCGGAUAGUGAUCGGAACACAGAGGUCGACACGGAUGACUGCGUGUCGGUCGCGGCGCGGUCAGACACCUCUUGGCCGAGGAGGCUUUCGCAGCAGGAGGAGCAAGUGCCGAUCAAACAAAAUCAGCAGAACGGCGCUUACAAAAAACCGGAAGUGGGCAACAGCCCGAAACACACGGCGCGCCCCUACCAACCGAACAGGUCCGGCAGCGGAUACCUAAGCGCCACGGCGCAACUGUCGCGCGGCGCAGAGCUGGACCUGGGUUCCACCGCGGCACCCAUGUACCCAGAGAACAGGAAGAGCAUACUCGUCAAUGGAUAUCCCGUGAUGACUUGCUACGCCACGUCGGCGCCCGAGAGCCCCAGGGGUGCGGCGCCGGCGCCCCUGCCCAGCGUGUUUGACUACGGUCCUCAGAACGGCGAAACGAGCCAAUCCGAGUCGACGCUGGAAGGCGCGGCCAACAGCCAGUCAGACGCGACCAGCCAAUGGGUGGACGACUCGUUCCCCCCUCCCCACCACUCGCCCGAGCGGCCGUUCCCCCCCUGCAAGUACGACAUGCCCAGCACGUCCAAGACUUACGAUGAAAACGAUAUUAUGGACAGAUCUCUAAACUCCAGCGAGAGCUCGUUCAACGCUCUCUCCGUCUCCCAAUACGACCGCCGCUUCGACUCUGGCAUCGACACGGAGCGCAACGAGGACCGGUCGGCCAUCACCGACCUCAUGACCAGGAUGUCGUCCGCCACCAUAUCCACCUCGGCUAACCUGGUCAACAAUGUGUCUAGGAUCGUGAAAUCGGAGAUACGGACCAGUAUUGUCAGCAUAUCGUCUUCUAGGAUCGAAAAGAAGCGCGAUACAUCGAACAUGUCCCUAAGCACGCUGUCGGUUAACAGCGAGACGUCAGUGUCCGACCGCAGCUCGAGCCAGGACGUCAACUCGGAGAACGUGACGGAGCGGCGAGUCAGCCCCCCGCCCGUCAAGCCCGCGUCCACCGGGGCUAUACCUAAGAGCAUCAGCUUCGAUGCUACAGCUGAGAAGAGUCAGAGACGGCGUAUAACCGAAGACAGUCUCGUGGGCAACCUGGACGAGUUGAAGAACAACGUGAAACGCUCCGGCGGUAACUUGCUGCACAAGAUCAAGAUGUUCAGCCGGCCCAAGGGCCGCUCGCACCAGCACCCGAACGACAUAAAACUGGCCGAAGAGGAGGCCCUCCGCGCGGAGGCGCCGCGCGCCGAGCCCGCCGAGAGCUCCGACGACAUCCUCGCCAAGUACCGCCGCAAGAGCUCCGGCGACUCGCGGCGGCGCGGCCAGCGGCGCGUCUCCGACGUGCCCGACAUCUCAGACAGAUGCGAAGGAGUACUGGAUCUCAACGACCCCGAGGUGUUCAACAGUAUGAAGAAGAAAUUACGACUCGUGCUGUCUAACCCUGAACUGUUGUGUACAGAAUACGUGCCUAAUCGCUGCACAAGCACAUCCUUAGUGGAAUGGAUGCGAGCCGCCGCCGCGGCCGCCUCCGAAACCGGCGCGUCCGCUCAAGCGGCCGAAGUGGCUCGAGCCUUAGCGGCGUCGGGCGCUCGCUGCGAGCGACUGGCGGCGGCGUUGCGCGCAGAUCUAGAUGCAAGACGGCCGUAUGCCAAGUAUUUGGCUAGCUGCCGGGCUGCGUUGACGCAUACGCUGCACGCUCUGAGACGCCAAACCAACCAAGUCCGCGCAGAGUGUAGUGCGUGCGCGCGCGCCGCCGCGGCCGCGCGCGUGCUGCAGCAGCUGGAGCGCGGCAACUCGCUGCGGCGGCUGGCGCGCCACCACUCCGCCCACAACAACCACGCCACCCUCAAUGGAGGAGAGCUGAUGGACGAGAAGGCUAAAAGACUGAUGGCCAAUAUUAAGACCCUCAUCGCCGAAGUGAAGGCGGAUCCCUCAUGGGAAGGAGCGCCGGCAACGUCAAUAGAGGUACUGGAGUUGACCGUCGAGCGCGCCGCGUUCGCGCGUCUCUACCUAAACGUGCUCUUUCCUAUCGGCGAGGGCGAUUAUGGCCGCGACCAAGUGCUGUCGGAGCACAUACGGCGGCUCGGCGCGGGCAUGACGGCGUCGCGGGCGGGCGUGAGUGCGCGCCACCUGUGGGCGGCGCCGUACGUGCGCGCGCAGCUGCUGCUCACGCACCUGCCCGUCUACCGGACCCCGAGGGACAAGCUACAGUGCGUCAUGCGGUGCGUCACUUGCGUCAUGGCGGUGCUCGGGCUCACGGAGGGCUCGGCGCCGUCUGCUGACGACCUCACGCCCGUCCUCGUGUUUAUUAUACUCAAGGUCAACCCCCCCUCCCUUCUCUCGACGAUCGAUUUCGUCAACUCGCUGGGCGGCGCGGCGCUGCAGGGCCCCGCCCUGUACUGGUGGACGCACUUCUGCUCCGCCGUCGCGUACAUCAAGACUAUGGAGUAUGGGGACUCCUAGCCCGCUGUUCGGCCCCAGAAUGGGCGUGGGAAGGAAUCAGAAAAGCAGUGGUAUCCCGUUGUACGUAGAGAAAGGGCCCAUACUAUAUGAUUAUUAUAGCAAUGUUUGCUUAUUCGCAGUAUUGACACAAUGUAUGUACUCUGGCCACAUACGACGGCCGAAUGCAUCUGCAAGCGACAGCGAGUUGCAAUACUUACAACUCUAGUUAUUUUUGGAAAAUAAUUAACAACUAAAAUAAUGCCUAUGUCUGGUUAACACGUAAAUUAUUGAAAAAUAUCUUACAUCGCAAGUGCAUAAGUUAGUUAAAGCUAUCGUAAGUAGACAGAGUACUGUUGUGUACCAUUUUAGUGCACUCGUGUGUAAUUGAAUAAGAACAAGUGAUGAUUCGGUAACUGGGACGAUAACUGCAUUUAACCGAUUUUUUUACUAAAAAUGUAAUUUUGCUUUUGUUUGAUAACUAAUAAAUGUAAGUGUAACCAUUAAGUUAUUAUGUUUUGUGAAGUUUUUUAAUAUAAUAUCAUUAUUUUUGUUAUGGCUAAAUCGAAAUAUUCACCAUUUAAGAAAUGGCCGGGAAAAUUUUCCUAUCGAAUGUAAAUUAAAUUGAUACCAAUAAAUCAAAGAAUUAUGUUACUGUUAUAAAACUUAUAAAUCAAAUCUAUUUAAUUUCGUGCCAGUUUCCAUGUCGUCACAUGAGUGCGGUCAAGAGCGAGAGAGGCGUACUCUCAAAAUGGCAGUCCCUCUCGCACUCUAGUAUUAAAACACCAUGUUGAUCACGAAAUAAUUUGCUACGACUAAAAAGUUACAACAAAGAGAAUAGAGUGUAUAGAGGCGGAUUGUCAAAGUAAAUUAUUUAGCCUCUGUAAAUUUACUGCCAUUUUUCGACAGAAGAUUAAAAUUGUUAGAACGCCAUUUGACUUUGAUCCUUAUUCUUUCACUGAUAUGUGUUAACUUGUUAAAUAUUAAUAUUAACGCCAUCUACUCGACUGUAGGCCAAAGGUAUGGUGCAAUAUUUUCGAGCGAUGGCGCCAUAACCUUCAGCCUACUCUCGAGUAGAUGGCGUCAAUAUUAAUAUUUAACAAGUCAAAUGGCGUUCUAACAGUUUUAAUCUUCUGUCGAAAGAUGGCAGUAAAUGUACUGUAGCUACAUAAUUUACCAUGACAGUAACUCUAUAUUUCAAAUAGGGAGUAUUACUGCAAUGUUCUGCCGCCAGAGUGCAGCACUAAUUUGUUUAGUAAACCAUAGAGUAACUUAAACAUACUAGGCCUUAAACAGUUUUUUGACAAGUUUUCACUGUGACAUUGAUGCAUCAAGGCGGUUUGUUUACAGGUGGCCUACCGCGAAACGCGAAAAUCGAAAUUUCUUUAUCUGCCUCUCUAUCGAUUAAAUAGUUAGGCAAGAGUGAUAGAGAGGCAGAAACCGAACUUUCGACUGUCGUGUUUCACGGUAGGCCAUGUGAUUGGCCCUCUACGCAGAGUUUUGCGUAAUAUUCCCUAUUAUCUUUGGUUACAAUCAAGGAAAUGGCAAUAUGGCGGGCAGCCAUUGGCGACCGUAACUCAUAAAUCAUACUUAUAUUUUUUUGUCAUCAAUAAUUUAUUAAAUCUUUUGUCUGUGUAUAAAAAGAUGAUUUAAUAAGGUACUGAUAUGAUUUCCAUUGUGUAACUAAUGUUUGACUUUUGAAAAUGACUGAUUAUCGUUACACAGCGGAAACAAUGAUAUUGUGGUCGAAUUAAUGCUCAAUACAGUUCUUAAAACAACAACUAGAAUGGCGGAAAAAUGAAUGUUUGGUUAAUUUAUAUCAGAUACUCGUAAAACUAAACUUAACCAUGGCAACGAAUAAAAAGAAAAAGUUUUAACACCUGACAAAAGUCAUAUUAGCUCGAAUAUUUUAUUAAAAGAGUCUCGAAAGUUGAUUUUAGACGAAGCUUCUUAGUCGCAGCAAAUUGUUAUAAAUAUUUUGUUAUAAUUGUAGGCAAUAAUUAUGAAAUUAGAUUAGAAAAUUGUUGAUUAUUAUGAAUAUGACUCAGUUAUGCCAUAGAAAUAAAUGGGCUAAACUUAUUACUUGGUUAAGCUAAAAUAUGAUGAAACAAAUGAAAUGCAACCUUGUUCCAAUUGAAAAUGGUUCAAAUUACAUGGCAGUAAUUAGUAACAGCUCCAACCUGUUACUAAUUACUGCCAUUAAUUACGAGGUAAGGGUCGUGUUAUUAGGGGCCCGAUAAAUUUGGACCUCUGCGUAUGAAGAUACAGAUGUAGUGCAUAAUUGUUUUCCAUCGUAUUUUCUCGGAAUCCUUCGUAUUUGUCAUGCUACUUCAGUCAGCCUCAGUACUUUUUGUAUCGUGAGUGAAUGAAAUAGCAAGACACAAUCGUACGUUUCCGUGAAAUUACGAUGGAAAAUAAUUAUGCAUCUGUAGGUACCUAUCAUUAACGUCAUUUAGACACUCGUGUUUCAAAUCUCACGACGGUAGUUAAAAAGUUGAUUGAUGGAAGCGAUUGUAUUUAAUAUGAAAAUAUUUGUUGCUUUUAUUAUAACUACUCUUUCUGCUGUCCAUAAAUAGUUAUUUGUUUAACCAGGGGGCAAAGUUGUUGUUUAACCUGUCGUGCUAAUAUUGAUACCCGAGCAAGCGAAAGAUUCCAAACUUAAACCACGAGCGUAACGAAUCUUGAGCGUUGCGAGGGUUUCAAGGCACGAGGGUAUAAACAAAUUUUGCCACCGAGAGAAACAUAACAUUUUUCACCACACCAACGCGAGGAACUUACUUACUGUAAAAUAUCAUCAAAAUCAAACCCAAAUGAACGUUAUUAAAUAUUUAACAUUCAAAUUCAUAAUUUAAAAGUCUAUUUUACCAGCCAACAUAAGGAAACCACUCAAAAUUAGCAUUUGAUUACUCUGCCACACAUGUGGAUAAAAUGCAACUUUCUCAUUAGUUUUUGAACAAUCAGGAGAGCCUUUACCAGCUGGUGUGGUGAAAAGGUGUUUGUUUAUCGCUGCCGUGAUUAGACUCUAAAAUACUAUUCCUACUACUUACCGGGCAAAGCCGUGGCGCAUCUUACUAAACUUACUACUUAUUGCCGUUACAUCCCGACGUGAUAUACAUUUGAGGCCCCGUGAGUUUAGGCUCUUCUGUCACUCUCACUGGGCGUAAGCGUGAGCAAGAUGGCUGUGCGUGCCCGGGAUCGGGAAUAGUUUUGAUUUUUUUAAGCUUUAAGAAAUAAAAAGUAAUUGAUGAGUUCGAUCAAUAAUAAAACUGCACAUUUUAGAAGCAAUUUUCAUAUUUUUAGGUUUUGUGCAAUAAUUAAUUACAAAUUUUUAAGGUGCGUUUUAGACCCAUGUUUGUAAUUUUUUUUUAUCGAGCGAUUGUCAAGAAAUCAUGUUUCGAAUCGAUGAAGUUACUAGAGAAAGGCCGCAAGAUUGCUUAUUAAAUGUUUGGCAACUGUAUUGAGAUAUAAAAAAGCGCUACGAUGUUUUAAAAAAUCUGCUGGAUAAACCUACUACGCCUUAAAUAUGAAAUGUAACGGAACCUUUCCUAAAUUUAGUAGAGUGCGCCCGGAUCCGCCUGGUUCUAGUUUGGUAGUAGAGUGCAUACAUUAAGUAAUGUAGAUACAUACAUAUUAAGCUAUAUACGUACUAAAAUGUAAAACAAACAUUUAUUCUUCUAUUUAGAUGUAUUAAAGACUAUAUCACGCACCUGUACAUAUAUAUUUAUAUACGAAGAGAAGCUAUAUAUUAAGCAGGGGUUGUCGUACGCCAGAAAGAAGUCUAUAUUUCUAUCCCAAUCGGUUGUACGACGGUCCCUCUUGGAAAGAAAAAGAUAGAAAUCUAGUAAAUGUAUUUUUACUCGAAUGAUUUAUAGUCGGAAUGUUUGUUUGGCAGCAGGCAAGAUAUGAGUUCCUAGAAAAUAAUUCCCUAUUUAUGAUUGACUGGCUCGUAUUUUACAACGACGCGAGCUAAUUAUGGCUUUCCUGAUGUGUAAGAAAGAAAUAAAACAGUAAUAUUACCUACCAAUAUAUGCAAAUUUGCCCAUGCGGUCAAGGCUCCUCACACGGAGUAUAAUUAUGAAAUCGCGCGGCGUCCGCAGCGCUUACAUUGCAAUGAUUUUGGCACAUUUGCGGACCAUUCGGCCCAGACCAGAGGGCCUACCGGGUGUAUUCCAAAUUUGACCACACUGGGCACAGAUGGGAAUAGGCGCAUUCAUAUGAAUCAUUUCCAUUUGUUCUCGCCUCAUGUAGGGUGGCGGUCACGUCGGGCGGGGACAAAUGAGAAUACACCGCGUACGGAGAAAUAUUUCGUUGAAAAUCUGUACAAUUUUUUAUGUGUAUGACAAUGAAAACAGUUUUUGCUAAACUAUUCUUUCAAUUAUGAGUUUUUUUUUAUAUUUCAUUUAUAUAAUAUAUGCGAAUAUCGUCUCCUUUGUGAAUAUUAACUUGUCAAAAGGGCAAAAAUGCAGUGGUAUUGCAUUACAAUAAGAGGUGGACACAUGAACUUCAAACCUUGCCUUUUGUUAGAUGUAUAUACGAGUAUGUAUUGCUAAUUAGAGUAAUAUUAUGUAAUCCGGGCAAUGAAUUACCAAUAUUUAAUAAUAAAUAAUCAUGUUUCAA